AGUAGGCCAGGCUCCUUCCCGGCCGGCCGCAGGGAUGGGGCAGCUUAGCUGGCUGCCGCUGCUGGCACGGCUGCUGUUGUUGCGACUGCCGGGGGUCCAGUCCACCGACCCCAUCCAGGCCUUCGUGGUGCCCCACAGCCACAUGGACGUGGGCUGGGUCUACACUGUGCAGGAAAGCAUGCAGGCGUACGCCGCCAAUGUCUACACCUCAGUGGUGGAAGAGCUGGCCCGUGGCCAGCAGCGCCGGUUCAUCGCGGUAGAGCAGGAGUUUUUCCGGCUGUGGUGGGAUGGUGUCGCCUCGGACCAGCAGAAACACCAGGUCCGCCAGCUCCUAGAAGAAGGACGCCUGGAAUUUGUCAUCGGAGGCCAGGUCAUGCAUGACGAGGCUGUGACGCACCUUGAUGACCAGAUCCUGCAGCUCACAGAAGGACACGGGUUUCUCUAUGAAACAUUUGGGAUCCGGCCACAGUUCUCCUGGCACGUUGACCCAUUUGGCGCCUCUGCCACGACCCCCACCCUAUUCGCGCUGGCAGGCUUCAACGCUCACCUCGGCUCCCGGAUCGACUACGACCUGAAGGCAGCCAUGCAGGAGGCCCGGGGGCUGCAGUUCGUGUGGCGAGGGUCGCCAUCCCUCUCAGAGCAGCAGGAAAUCUUCACGCACAUCAUGGACCAGUACAGCUACUGCACCCCGUCCCACAUCCCUUUCUCCAAUAGGUCAGGAUUUUACUGGAAUGGCGUGGCCGUCUUCCCCAAGCCUCCCCCAGAGGGGGUGUACCCCAACAUGAGUGAGCCUGUCACCCCAGCCAACAUCAAUCUCUAUGCUGAGGCUCUGGUGGCCAACGUGAAGCAGAGGGCCGCCUGGUUCCAGACACCCCACGUCCUCUGGCCCUGGGGAUGUGACAAGCAGUUCUUCAAUGCCUCGGUGCAGUUCGCCAACAUGGACCCACUGCUGGACCACAUCAACAGCCACGCUGCCGAGCUCGGUGUCUCAGUGCAGUACGCCACACUGGGCGACUACUUCCGUGCCCUGCAUGCUCUCAAUGUCACCUGGCGUGUCCGCGACCACCAUGACUUCCUGCCCUAUUCCACAGAACCAUUCCAGGCCUGGACGGGCUUCUACACGUCCCGCAGCGCACUGAAGGGGCUGGCCCGGCGAGCCAGCGCCUUGUUGUAUGCCGGAGAGUCCAUGUUCACGCGCUACAUGUGGCCGGCCCCCCGUGGGCAUCUGGAUCCGGCCUGGGCCCUGCAGCAGCUCCAGCAGCUUCGCUGGGCCGUCUCCGAGGUCCAGCACCAUGAUGCCAUCACUGGGACUGAGUCUCCCAAGGUGAGAGACAUGUACGUGACGCACCUGGCCUCAGGGAUGCUGGGCAUGCGCAAGCUGAUGGCCUCCAUCGUCCUAGACAAGCUCCAGCCCCAGGCACCCACCGCGGCCAGCUCGGGUGCAGGGCCUGCAGGACACUUUGCCUCGGUCUACAACCCGCUGGCCUGGACAGUCACCACCGUCGUCACCCUGACUGUUGGUUUCCCUAGAGUCCGCGUCACAGAUGAGGCGGGCCACCCAGUGCCCUCACAGAUCCAGAACUCAACAGAGACCCCUUCUGCCUAUGACCUGCUUAUCCUGACCACAAUCCCAGGCCUCAGUUACCGGCACUACAGCAUCAGACCCACUGCAGGGGCCCAAGAGGGCACCCAGGAACCAGCUGCCACUGUGGCCAGCACGCUUCAAUUUGGCCGCAGGCUGAGGAGACGCACCAGCCCUGCGGGCAGGCACUUGGUGCCUGUGGCAAACGACUGCUACAUUGUGCUGCUCGAUCAGGAUACCAACCUGAUGCACAGCAUCUGGGAGAGACAGAGCAACAAAACGGUGCGCGUGACCCAGGAGUUCCUGGAGUACCACGUCAACGGGGAUGUGAAACAGGGCCCCAUUUCCGAUAACUACCUGUUCACACCGGGCGAGGCCGCAGUGCCUGCGUGGGAAGCUGUGGGAAUGGAGAUCGUGGCGGGACAGCUUGUGACUGAGAUCCGGCAAUACUUCUACAGGAACAUGACAGCACGGAAUUACACAUAUGCAAUCCGCUCCCGGCUUACCCAUAUGCCACAGGGCCAUGACGGGGAGCUGCUCUGCCACCGGAUAGAGCAGGAGUACCGAGCCGGCCCCCUGGAGCUGAACCGCGAGGCUGUCCUGAGGACCAGCACCAGCCUAAACAACCAGCAGGUCAUCUACUCAGACAACAACGGCUACCAGAUGCAGCGGAGGCCCUACCUUUCCUAUGUGAACAACAGCAUCGCCCGGAAUUACUACCCCAUGGUUCAGUCGGCCUUCAUGGAGGAUGACGAAAGCAGGCUUGUGUUGCUGUCAGAGCGGGCACAUGGCAUCUCCAGCCAAGAGAAUGGGCAGGUGGAGGUCAUGCUCCACCGGCGGCUGUUGAACAACUUCGACUGGGACCUGGGCUACAACCUCACACUGAACGACACCUCGGUCGUCCACCCAGUGCUCUGGCUUCUUCUGGGAUCCCGGUCCCUCACCGCUGCUCUGCGCCAGAGGAGUGCAGUGGCCCUGCAGCACAGGCCCGUGGUGCUGUUCGGAGACCUGGCUGGGACUGCGCCAAAGCUCCCAGGACCCCAGCAGCAAGAGGCUGUGACGCUGCCCCCUAAUCUUCAUCUGCAGAUCCUGAGCAUCCCUGGCUGGCGCUACAGCUCCAACCACACGGAGCACGCUCAGAAUCUCCGGAAAGGCCAUCGAGGGGAAGCCCAGGCUGACCUCCACCGUGUCCUGCUGCGGCUCCACCACCUGUAUGAAGUGGGCGAGGACCCAGUCCUGUCUCAGCCAGUGACAGUGAAUCUGGAGGCUGUGCUGCAGGCGCUGGGGUCCGUGGUGGCAGUGGAGGAGCGCUCACUCACAGGGACCUGGGAUGUGGGCAUGCUGCACCGCUGGAGCUGGAGGACGGGGCCUGGCCGCCGCAGAGGCGACACCACCUUUCCCUCGAGGCCACCAGGAGGCCCCAUCAUCACCGUCUACCCAAAGGAAAUCCGGACAUUCUUCGUUCACUUUCAACAGCAGUGAGCCCUGGGCAGAUGCCCCGUCCCCAGGGCUGCCCCCAGGAACUCCAUGUAACAGAACAGACCCAGGACAGGGAAAAGCAGCGUGGAGGGACGCGACUGGGGAGUCAGCUGCUCAUCUGCAGGCUAAUGGCAGGAAAUGGUCAUAUUUGGGGUUUUGUCCCUAAUUUUUUAAAAAUAAAAAUUACAUUACAAGAUCCAGGUUCUUCCCCUCCCACACUCAAGCCAGCCCUCUCCUCUUCUGUCAAGUAAAGGAUAUUCGGCACGCUCAUGUGUCAUUCACUCACAAAAGACAAACCCAGGACAUUCUGCCUAAGGCAGAGCACAAGACCCACAGCAGCGCCGAAAUGCAUCUGCCGUCCAGGCCCUGCCAGGCUUGCCCGGGCUGCCAGUGGUAGCUGUGGACCUACUGCCUGCCGCCUGUUUUCAUAGACUCAUCCCAUGCUGGCAACAGGCCUGCAAGGGGCUUGGCUCUGCCACAGGGCAGGAGAGGAAGCUGUAGCACCGAGCCGGAGUUCCAGCCCCAGACGCCCACCUGUGUCUCAGGGCACCGCCUGUUGAGCAGAGAAGGCACAGCAGCCGUCAGAGUCCAUGACGAGAUGAAACCACACAGCAGGGAUGUCCAAUGUCAGAACUAUUAACAUUGAUAAAAGUGUAACCUUCUCAGGUCUAUGCCAAGAGAAUUGAAAGCAUCCAUACACACAAAACCUGUGCGCCUGCGUUCAUAGCAGCAUUACUCAAAAGUCAAACGGUAGCAACAACCCAAAUGUCCAUCCACAGGUCAAUUAAGACAUGAAAUGUGUUCUGUCCAUACCAUGGAAUAUUAUUUGGCCAUAAAAAGGAAGGAAAUUCUGACACAUGCCACAGCCUGGGUGAAUCCUGUGCAAACAUUACGCUAAGUGAAAGAAGCUAGACACAAAAGGCCACGUAUUGUGUGAUUCUGUUUACAUGAAGUGUCCAGAAUAGGCAAAUCUGUGUAUAAGAGACAAAGCACAUUGGUGGUUGCCAGGGACUGAAGGAAGAGAGAAGAGGCAUGACAGCUAACAGGGAUGGGGUUUCUUUGGAAGAUGAUGAAAUUGUGGAAUUAGCAAUGAUGGUUGCACAACUUUGUGAAUAUACUAGAAACCACUGAAUUGUUAACUUUGAAAGAUAAA